CAUAUUUUGAUUUAUACCUGCAAAGUAAAAAUUGACUUUACAUUUAAGGAAAAAUUCUCCAAUGUUGACAUUCGAGUAAGAGUUAAUGGUGGUGGUCAUGUAUCCCAAAUAUAUGCAAUCAGACAGGCUAUCUCAAAGGCUCUUGUUGCAUAUUAUCAAAAAUAUGUUGAUGAAGCUUCAAAAAAAGAAUUAAAGGAUAUCCUAAUUCAAUAUGAUAGGACUUUAUUGGUAGCAGAUCCACGUCGUUGUGAACCAAAGAAAUUUGGAGGUCCAGGCGCCAGGGCCCGCUACCAAAAGUCUUACCGUUAAGUUUUGUACUGUACAUGUAUGUAUUUCAUUACAUAACAAUUUACUGAUAUA